AUGUCAACUGGGCGCUCAUCGAGCUGCUUCGUUGAGCCGAGUCUGCAGCCUGUGCGAAUAGAGCGGGUUCACGGCUUCGUUGGGAGCGCGGCGGCACUAUGUGCGGCAAACAGAGCACUCCUACGCGUUCCGCCUGUACGGAGGGUGUUUUGUAGCGGCCGCUUCGAAGGGCGGCGCUGCGCUCUUCGUCUGGGCAUCGAUCCGGUCGAACAGGGGCUGCUUCCUGAGCGAACUCCGUUCUAUGGCGAGGAAGGCGCUUCUGCUGCACCAAAGUGUGUCUGGAACGUGCGACACAAGACUGGUGAUGCUCAGGUGGCCACGGGUGAUGAAAACACCCGCAGUGAACAGCAAGAUGUUCCGGAGCGGCCUCCGUCAGCGACUGGGAAACCUGUCGGCGUGCGCCUUUUUCUGCACCGCAGCCGCCGCCAGGGACUAGCGACCACUCCCGCAAGGCAUGGAACGUAUGAGUGCUUUGGUGCGGCUCGCGAAUCAGGAGCCCUGAGCCAGCGACGUAACGAGCACAGGCGGGCACCAGAGCGAGUCUCGAAAGACGUCUCCAGCUCAGAUUUUAUUCAGGUUUCAUCGCAGGUUAGCCGGGCGCUCCAGAACCUGGAAAAGCAGCGAAGAUGCAGUGAGGUUGCGGAAGGCCCGGGCUGGCCAUCCUCCACACAGGAUUUGCAGCGCUUCAUUGAAGAUGUCGAGCUUCGCUGUGCGUACCUGGGACCCAUCGGUUCAUCCCUCGUGCGCAUUGCUCUGGAACGUUCGCUACAGCGUUCCGCUACGAUGCAGCACUCGCCUGCUCGACAACCGCCAGAUGCUGAUGCAGGCAGUACGGCAGACCCAGCGAAUGCACCACCAUCACCACCAGACAUGAACUUGCGCACAAGCGCGCGAGGGGAACGCGAACGCCUGUCGCCGGACGCAGCUAGCGCGCCAAGUACAAGCGACAGGGCGGCACGGCGCAUAGCGGCUGUGUCGACUACACCCUGGGGUGUCGCCAUACACGAGGAGCGCAAACACCGCAGCUUCGCUCGCUGUCGUGCUGUUCUGAAUACAGUCAUCGACUUGCAGAUGGACCUCGAGGCUGUGCUGGCAGCUGCUCUGCUGGACACACCACUGGCUACGCGAGAGAUCGCCAGCGAGUUCGGCCGGUCGGUUGCAGAUAUUCUGAUUCAGGAGAGGGCGAUACGUGGCAUUAUCUACGCGACGAGUAUGGAUUCGAAUCCCGCAGGUCUGCGGCAGCUGCUUAUCGGUGUCGCCAAAGACUGGCGCGCGUUGGCGCUCUUUUUUGCAGGGACGCUGCACGAGUUGCGCGUGUACAGCGAAGCAUUCGGCCUCAUGGAUGAUAUGGACGCUGCAACAUCGUCGCCAGAUACGUGCGCAGCUGAGGGAAAUGCACCACAAAGAAGCUGCGAGGCAGCGUCGUCAAUGGACGAGUCGGUGGCGACGUCUGUCGUGAGGGGUACGUCGACGGCGUCCGGGGCAUAUGCCUCUGGUGCUCCUGCAGUUUCGCAUACGCCUGCUGAUCGCUCACUGAAUUCGAUGCAGGAGACCGCGGAACAAGCACCCACGUGCGUAUCACCCGGACUCUUGACACCACGAGAGGCGUCUUGCGAGACGCGAUCCCAUACGGAUGGCGCUGAUGACCAGCGGGCGAGUCUCGCGCCCGCUAGGCAGCGGCUCGACGCAAUGACGCAUGCGACUGCCCAGCGAUUGGCUCUCUUGACGCUGGAAGUGGUAGCUCCGCUCGCAAAUCAGCUCGGCAUCUACUACCUCCAAUGCGAAAUGGAGGAGCUGGCGUUUUUGCUGUUGUUUCCAAAACAGAGUGAGGCGCUGCGACGGCAAGUUGCACUGCGCUUUGAUGCAGGUGCCGAUAUCCUCGAGUACGCUCGCCAAGCGAUCGAAAAUGCGCUCAGUCUGGAGCCUCAGUUGCACAGUUACAUUUGGUCGUGGCGCAUCAGAGGUCGUGUGAAGAGUCUCUACUCGACGUACCGGAAGAUGAUUCGUCUCGGGAGCGGCAUCGACAGCAUUCUGGAUCUGAUGGCGUUGCGGGUUGUUGUGCGACCGGUUCAUCAGAGCAGCGAGCUGGAGGCAUGCGACGCCGUCAUGGCCAUCAUCGAGCGACUCUGGCCAAGUGUGCGCGAAAGGCGACGCGAUUUCAUACGUUGGCCCAAGGAGAACGGGUAUCAGAGUCUGCAUACCACGGUAGUUAUCGACGGCUUCCCGGUUGAGGUUCAGGUGCGUUCGGAGCGAAUGCAUCGGCUGGCGGAGUACGGCAGGGCCGCGCACUGGCUCUACAAGCAGAAUCUGAAUCUGUUCACGGAUCGGGGCUUUGCGAAUACCACAGUCUCGCCGUCUGCCAUGAGCGAACGGGAGAAAGCUGUUGCGUGGAACGCUAUCGCGCAUGCUGCGGCGUUAGCCAAUACGCCCUGUGCUCCUUCUGUUGGUGAGUUCGAAUUUGAAUCCAACGUCGCAGCGGACUCGGAUGCUGCUGUAGCCUCACUGGCGGAUGCCUCGGGUGCCGUAAGCACACCGACGGCAGCAACAACGGCAGCGGGUCCAUCGGAUACACCCGCUCGUGUCGCAGCGUUACCGGCAACGCAGCCGCCCUCAGGCGAGACGCUCGCCUCGGAAACACUGACGCAUUCCGAGUCGCGUCGAGCGGAUGUUAUUCUCGAUGAUACCGUCACAGCUUCGUUGGGAACAACCAGUGAAUACUUUCGCGUACUCUAUCAUCAAAUCGUUGAACUGGAACAGCAUGUCGUCGUAUUCGAUAAGAGUUCGGGCAAGUUGCUCCGACUUCCUCGCGGCACCACCUUGGGUGAUGUCGCUGGUGUACCUAUGCUGAAUGGCGACAUUGCAUCGCCAGGGACGGUCCUUCGAACCGGGGAUCAGAUUGGCGGAGCUGCGUUCUCCUCGUGA